CGGAGGCUGUUGUUCAGUUGUGCUACGUGUUGGGUUGCAGAGUGAUUCCUCAAGCGACGCCGAGGUGGUGGAUGAAGCACACGGCAGGAGGCACUUGGGAAGACCUCAGGCAAUGCGACGACGCGACAGACGACUAUUUCCGGGAGAAGCUACGCAUGUCACUGCGAGUGUUCCGGGAAAUCGCGGAGGCGUGUGCGUCCCAUCUUCAGCGGCAGGUGACGUUCUACAGAGAGCCUUUGCAGCCAGACCAGAUUGUGGCGUACGCACUGUACAAAUGGGCGACGGGGGAGACGUACGAGAACAGCAAGUGCAAGUUCGGGAUUGGCAGAGUUUCUGGCCUGGUUGUCGUCCGCGACGUUACUGCCGUGCUGCUCCGGGUUGUCAUUGACCUGGACUUUCGUGUGCUCGAUGUGCACAUGGGAUACCCGGGUAGCUGCCACGACAUCAAGGUGUUCCAGUUGUCCAGCCUGUGGCAGCGCGCGGAGUUGAGGUCGUUGUUCCGUGGUCCCCCUGUGACACUACCGUUCGGUGUGCGGACGAACGGGUACAUCCUAGCGGACAAUGGCUACCCCCCUUCGGAAUGGAUGGUCGUCCCGUAUGGAGGCAUCAAUCAGGACGUCGACGAGGAGCGGUUUGACAACAAGCAGCAGGUGGUGAGGGGAGCAGUGGAGAGGGCGUUAGGCAGGCUGAAGGGCAUGUGGUGGCUGUUUCUGCGGACGCACAAGACCAACCUGGACAUGCUCCCGCAACAGUUCACCGUCGUCUGUAUACUGCACAACAUACUGAUCGACGCUGGAAUUCCAUUCGACGAGAAUCUGCUAUGGGAGGUCGACGCUAAUGGUGUGCAACGACGUGUGGACCUGGGGAUCGAAGAGCCCCUUCAGCCUGUGUCGAUGAUUACUUCGACAGACGAAGCGUUGGCCCUGCGGGAUGCUUUAGCGGAACGAAUGAAACACGAUUGAGUCGUGUUCACAUGGUGGACGAAAGCGCGUGGAAGUGUAGUCGUUGCAGCAUUGGCAG